UAAAAGAAUGAUGGUGGGGCUCUUUCCGUGCCUAGCGCAGCCAUGGCUCGUGGUCCCAAGAAGCAUCUGAAGCGAGUGGCGGCUCCAAAGCAUUGGAUGCUGGAUAAACUGACCAGGGUGUUUGCUCCUCGUCCAUCCACCGGUCCCCACAAGCUGAGAGAAUGUCUUCCUCUAAUCAUUUUCCUAAGGAACAGGCUUAAGUAUGCUCUCACAGGAGAUGAGGUGAAGAAGAUCUAUAUGCAGCGGUUCAUUAAGAUAGAUGGCAAGGUCCGCACUGAUAUAACCUACCCUGCUGGUUUUAUGGAUGUCAUCAGCAUUGACAAAACUGGAGAGAAUUUCCGACUGAUCUAUGAUACUAAGGGUUGUUUUGCUGUUCAUCGCAUUACACCCGAGGAGGCAAAGUACAAGUUGUGUAAAGUGAGAAAAAUAUUUGUGGGCACCAAAGGAAUUCCUCAUCUUGUCACCCAUGAUGCUCGUACCAUCCGCUAUCCUGAUUCCCUCAUCAAGGUGAAUGACACCAUUCAGAUUGAUUUGGAAACUGGCAAGAUUACAGAUUUCAUCAAGUUUGACACUGGUAACCUGUGCAUGGUAACCGGAGGUGCUAACUUGGGAAGAAUUGGUGUGAUAACCAACAGAGAGAGACAUCCUGGUUCUUUUGAUGUAGUUCAUGUAAAAGAUGCUAAUGGCAACAGUUUUGCCACUCGCCUUUCCAACAUUUUUGUUAUUGGCAAAGGCAACAAACUAUGGAUUUCUCUUCCCCGAGGAAAAGGUAUCCGCCUCACCAUUGCUGAAGAAAGAGACAAGAGAUUGGCAGCCAAACAGAGCAGUGGGUGAAAUGUUUACUAGGUGGAUGGAAGAGUCUUGAUGCUUAAAUAAAGAUGAUACGGCAUGAUUUAAAAAAAAAAAAAAAA